GUCAAUAACAACCUCUUUUCCUUCUUGAUUUCAUGACCGAUGGCAAUUGUCCGGUUCUCUCGGACAUCGGCCAUUACCGGGAAAUGCAGAGGAAGGAGAAAUCACGCGAGUGAAAGAGUGAGACCUCUGCGGCCAGCUGGAUAUCGGCACACCACUUACUCAAGAAGGUGCUACAAAAGGAUAAGUGCCUCAGGUGUCUGGGUCUGUGAGCCGGGGGUAUCCGGGCUCCUCUUCGGCAGCACACCAUCCAGCCCAGCCUGACCCCCUGAGGCAGUGUUGCAUUGAGAGAGAUCCCAGAUUUCUGAAGCUUGAAUCCAAGACAGACCGUCACCCUCCAACCAGACUGCAUUCCCAACUGGCCCAGUUCUGAUGCAACACCUGUUCCUUUCAGAGUGGCAUGAGCUCUGCUCCCUCACUAAUGUGUGUCAAGACCUGAGCUCUGCCACACACUUUCAGGAUGUAAAGGAAUCAGUCUCCAACUUGGGCAGGAGAUUGCUUCUUCGUGGUCAGCAUUAAUAUUCUAAAGAUUCUGCCAAACUGAGCCACUUAGGUAAGCCUCCACUCCAGGAUGUCUGAAAGAUACAGCCGGCCCUGUACGCCUCCUGGUGCUCCCCCAGGACCCCGUAAGGCCUCUGUCCGUGGCCCCUCAGCCUCAGCCUCCACGUCCUCCUCCUCCUCCAAGCCCAAGAGUUACGAUGAUACUUACGAUAAAUACGAUAAAGAGUAUAAGACAUCUUACCAGCCCAAGCCUUACUCGGAUGACAAAUAUAAAGGAAAUGACGUGAGAAAGAUUAAUGAUAAGGUGCCAAAUAAGCUAAUUAGCAAAAAUGACAUAUAUGGUGAUAUUUACAAAUCUAGAGAUGUAAGUUACUCUAGUGAAAGAUAUGGAGAGAAAUCUCUAUACACCCAGAGAUAUUCAGAAAAAGGACGUUACCCAGAAAAGUGUCGAAUAGAAACCAGUAGUCAGCAGUAUAGUAGCAAAUGUAGAAGUAGCAAAUUCACAAAUGAUUAUGAUAGCUAUCCGGAGAAAACAAGUAGAUAUCCCAAGCAUGAGAGUGAUGCGUACUAUGGUGGGUCGGGGAGUUCAUAUGACAAUUAUAACUCAUAUGACAGCUAUGGGGGUGAUAGGCACAGAGCUGGUGAUUAUGGUGCAGAGAAGUCUUUGGGUGCUGGAAGUUACAGUGGGGAUAAGUAUGGAGGAAGAGGAAGCCUAACAAGCUACGGGACGGACAAACUGGGCAUCGGAUACGGAGGGGACAAGCACAGCAGAGGUGACAGUAGUUAUGGUGGGGACAAGCACAGAGGUGGUGGGAGUUACGCAAGUGACAAGGCUGCUGGCGGGAGCAGCCUGUCCUAUGACCAUAAAAUAGGUGGAGGAACAAGAAGCAGACUCUAUCCAGAAGAGGAUCGGCAGCUGUAUCGAGACUACAGCCCCAUUAGGACCUUAAGGUCACCUCUCAGUGGUGGUGUCGGAGGAAGCUAUGAUGGUUACGACAGGUACUCUCCACCACCAAGGUCUCCAGAUAGACAGUAUCUCGAUAGGUAUGUUAUUGGGGAUAGUGUGGUGUAUGGUCCCCCAGGUCAGUACCCUCGAAACCUAGGUCAAGUGUCUCCUCACGGUCGACCACCCACACCCCCAUCCCCGCAGCCCGUUUCAUCAAGAGAGUACUCAAGAUACUCAACAACUAGCCCUCGAAGGUAUUGGUCAGGUGGAAGACGGAGCCCUCCAUUGCCGUCAACAGGCCAGAGCCGCUACCGAUCCCUGUCGCCACUUCCCAGCACAACCCCUCCGCGACGGCCGCCAUCACCGCCUGCAAGGAGACCACCCUCACCCCAUAGUCCUUAUCUUUCCACACAUUGUAGGAGCAGAGAAAGAAGCUAUGACCGCUCAAAAGACAGAUAUGAGAGUAAAGGAAGAAUUUCAAGUACAGCGAGAAGUCCUGUUAGAGAGAGCAGACCAUUGUCUGAUAGAAGAGGAAGUGAAAGAAGCAGAGCAGGCGAAAGAGAGAGGAGAAAAGAACCAGAAAGAAGGGUUAGCUCAAGAGAGAGAACCCAUGACUCGGAUUCUGUGAAGCGAGGGAGAGCUGUGGAAAGGAACUCCGACUGUAGAAGCAGCAGCGAUGUUAGGAGUUGGACAAAGGAUAACAAUCACUCAGGAAGUAGUCAAAAUCAAGAGAAAGACAGAGGUCGCAGUGAUAGACGGUCACGCACUCCUCCAAGUCGCAGUGCUCGCCAGGAACUGUCAAAGGACAGAAGACGAGAAAGCAGCAGAGAACGUGACCGAAGUAGACGAAUAGAAGAUAGGCUUGGGCCAUCCCCUGCUAGCACAAGGAGGAGCCCAGUUUUGAGGGCUAGAGUUUCACGAAGAGCAACUUCCCCAAGAGAUAAAAAGAGAAGCAGACGACCUGAUGAUCUCAGGCUCUGGAUUGAAUCUCGGAAGUCAGAGGGAAGUAAACGGCCACUGUCCCCAAGUAGGUCACGCCUCCUGGCCAAGCGACCUGCAAGAUCAAGUGAAAGGUCAUCAGUGGUGAAGAGGUCAAGGCUAGGUGAUCCUAAGAAACGACUGGGGGGAGGAAAGGCCAGAAGGCGACCCUUGCCCAUAAAGAAAAAUAGGAUUCUAAAGAAAUAUAGAAGAUUGACGGCAAAAAGAGGCCCACGCAGUGCACCUGGAGGGAGCAAAACAACCAAUAGAUCUAACAAGGACAGUAGUAGUAAUCGGGCAGAUGGUGAGAACAAUGAUGAAGGUGAUGAGGGAGAAACCGGCAAUAGCAAGCCUGGAAGCACAGCCACAAUUCGCAGGGUCAUCAAGAAACCCAAGAAUGUAAGCCAUGUUAAUCGCCUAGCACUGAAGCCACGUGUUAUUAGAAAGCCAGCUCAGAAACUGCUCAGAGACCCAAAAGAAGCUGAUAAGGAAAAGGAUCCUCCAGCCUCGCAGUCAAACAAAGAUGGGGGUUCACCACCUAAAGAAGAGAAGCCUACGAGCUCUGCCUCAGAAUCUAACCGGAGACCUUCAAGAACAUUUUGAGAUACUUGAAGAGAAUUUACUGGAGAAUAUUAGUGCAAAAAUACUGUAAUGUACUUCGGGAACUCCAGAACAAUAUGGAUUGUUUCAUGUGUUUGAAAAAUUUGUGGCAAUGCAAGUAAUAGCUUGUAGUUAGAAAAGUGUUUCAUAGAUGAAAAUAUCUAAAGGAGUCAAUUAUAUAUAUUUUUUUCAUUCUUCAUGUUGUUUUAUAACAGGCAUUUAGAGUAAUCUUAUUUUCUGUGGAUUGAAUUAUUGAGAGGAAUCGUUGUUGUUUCAUUAUAGCUGAUUUGAAGUAUUUUUUAUGGAUAAAUUCUAUUUGACAAUAUUUUCUUUUGAUAGGCCAUUAUAUGAUGUGUUAUAUGCAGUUUCUUGCAACUGAUAGAAUUGGAAUAUGUCAAAACUGUAAAGAAAACUACAAGCUCUGCUAAUGUUUUCUCAAUGUGACAGUUCAGUGCUGUGAACUGGUUUAAAGAUUGCUCAUUGUUAAGAGCAGUCACUCUGUUGAUGUAGAUAGUAGCAAGUAAGUCUGGAGAUGUUUAUAUUCUCAGAGUUAUUAGAGUGUGCCUUUUGUCACUUUCUGACAAAACAUGUUACUAGAUUUUAAAAUUUAUUUUGCAAUAAUUUCUUUUGACAUUGUCUUCAGUUGAUGUGCGUAAUUGCUAUGCAUAGUGAUUUUUUGUACAUGCCUGCCUUCUUGGACAUGUAACCUUCUGUUCUGUUUUCCUUUUAUUUCUUUUUUGCAACAUGAAAAAAAUGUGAGCGUAGGUAUUUAUUUGAUGAUUUCAGAGUGCAGUUAUCUAAUUUCACCCUCUCUCUCUUCAGAGGUUAUGUUUACUGAUUUUACUCAGACUAAGGAUGUGCUUCUGUAACAAUAAACAGUGAUAAACCAAUCUAA